AUGCCCGAGUACACCCUCUUUAUCUGGGCGCGCGGCGCCUUCCCCCGUCGUAUCGUCUACCAACUCCUCCAAAAGGGUCUCGUCGCCUCGCCAGCCGCCCUCCUCGCCGGCGAGACGACACAACUCCAUCUCACACUCAACCUCCAAACCAUGUCAAUCACAAACGGCGUUUUUUCCACGGCCGAGUCUAACCCCUCCGACCCCAAGCCAGCGGGAACAAGCACCCCCUGCCUGCGUGUGCGAGACGGCGACACAGAGACCUGGAUCCACGAAAGCACGUCUAUCAUGAUGUUUAUCGAGGAUACCUUUGAAGGCCCACGUCUCGCCAGCAGGAGCCCUCUCAUGAGGGCGUUGACGUGGGAUCUGCUGGGGCAGAUCAACCUCGCCGGGGUCGACAUGACUUAUUACAUGCGCCACGCGACGCCCGUCACGCAGUCGUGGUCGCGCAUGGAUCCCAACCAGCGCUCGCACCCGGCCGCGUGGAAUGCUCGUGACGCAUUCCACCGCAGUCUGUUGAAGCUGCAGGCUUGGGCGGCGCCAUCGCUCAAGAGCAGUGGAUGGCUUACACCUGGUGUUGACGGUCCUGGGGUUGUGGACUUUGCACUUGCAGGGCCGGCGCGAUACCAGUGGCUGGGGUAUGAGCUGGACAGCUUUGAAGAUGAGAGACUGGGGCUCCUACGGGAGUGGUGGGCGCGGUUCAAGACGUUGAGCUGGUGGGAGGAGUUUGAGGAGUGCAAAGACAACCAUCCCGAGGGCAUGAGCUAUCCCAAGGAGGCGAGAGAAGUGUGA